CGCAAGUAUCUUGAACAGUUGUCCGUGCAAGUGAAGUGAAGCAAGUGCCUCAAGAUGAGCUAUAGAAAUCAAUUCAACAUGUCGCUGCGCCUGAUGCUGCUCCUCAUGAUGUUCUUCGAGGCGCGCACGCUGCCGGCGCUGGACACUGCGCCCACUGCAACAGCCGCCAAUACCAUAGAGGAGUCUGAUAAGCAGCCGGAUGCGAACAUAGAAACGAAUGCAUUAAGUGAUGCCGGUUUGGUCAAUGCCAAUGGCACGAGCAUAGAGGCUACGAGCACCACUGAGGCGCAGGAUCCAACAGUGUCGGGCGACAAUGUGGCCAGCGCCAGCAGCAAUGAGCCGGUAUCCAUCUACGCCAGCGGACUCAUCACGCCCGAGGCGUUUCAUCAGUAUCUGAACCAGUAUGGUGGUGCAGCGGGCUUGGCACCGCUCGCGGCCUACCCAUCGCCGAUGACAGGCGCGCCUGGUAUCUACCCCUAUCCGGGUCCCAUUAUGGUGCAGACCGGCUACGAGGGCUUCUUGGUGCCCACAAAUCAAGUUGGCUCCGAUAGUGCCUCAGAUGUGACCACAACGGUUUCAGCUGGGCCUCCCCCCGUCUUGAACCCGUUGAUGGCCUUUGCGUCCAGAUUAUUGCCCACCAUACUGAUGUCUACGCUGUUUCGCAUUGCGGCCGUGGUGUUCUCCGCCGUGGGUGUGAUUCUCUUUGGAGGUGCCAUUACCAAUGCCCUCUGCCGGCUGACGCCCAUCUGUGAGAUUCCCAACAAGGCUGUGAACUAUCUACGCUCCGGUGGAGCACAGGAUGUGGGUCGCAUGCUGGUCGAGGAGAUUACGCCCGAACGCGUGCGACGAACCACGGAAUUUGUGCGCAACGCCAUCCACAAAUAUCGCCAGCUGCAGAAGCUAGUCGAACCGGACUCGGAGUAAAAGUAGAAGCUUUAUUGUCGCUAACUGAAGAACGUGAUGAAAUUUGAUGUAAAUUGUAGUAUCUGCUUGCAUACCAAGGAGAAUUGAAAUACAUAAAUAUAUAUUUUUAAUUUUA